UCGACCAUCUAUGGCCGCUCUUGGAACACACUUGCUCCCGGCUUAUUUUGCAUAUUUAUAGCACAGGUCUGGUAUAGUUGUGGGCACAUCUAAGACAUACAUUCAGCAUUUGACACUCACAUUUUAGAGCGGUGUAGUAGACAUAGAGAAGAGGAAGAGGUUCCCACGCCUUUGCCUUAUGCAACAUCUUCACUCAUCGGAGAAAGGGAGAGGGAAAGAGAGAGAGAUCAAGAUUGAUAUUGCUCAGAUUUGCUGAUCGCGGUCAAGAUUUGCGGCUUUAGCGGCGGGAGACAUUCUGGUUGUUGUGCGCUGCAGUUCUUCAGUUGCAAAGGUUCUGUGUUGCUGGGUCCAGUCUGCUUCCCAAUAGCAGGUCCUGACGCUGCCUCAAGCUUGAAGGUUGGUAGCUGCAAUGGCAGCAGCAGGGAUGUUUGCCUCCACGAGCUACUGCACCUUGGCGGGGCCAUCUUGCUACGAACCUAUUCUAGAUGGUGACUCCUCCUUGCGUUCGGGCUUCAAAGGAGACAAAAAGCUCUCCUCCGCAGGGUUCCUUGCGCCAGGUGGCGACGGUUUGUCUUUCAAGAGCAAUGGUUGCUCCAAAGCUGCCGCCAUCAGAUCAAAGAGUAGCACCCUUAAUGUUUCUGCUGUCUUGGCUGAGCGACCAAUGGAGACUUUGCAAGGGCAAGCAACGCGAGAGCGGGAUACCAAAGUUCCGAAGACGCAAGUGAAUAUGACAAAAGUAUUCUCUAUCAUUUUGGGAGGAGGGGCAGGGACUCGCCUUAAUCCCCUCACUCUUCGCCGCGCCAAGCCAGCGGUGCCUCUUGGAGGUGCGUACCGAUUGAUUGACGUGCCGAUGAGCAACUGCAUCAACAGCGGAAUCAACAAGAUUUAUGUUCUCACUCAAUUCAAUUCUACUUCUCUCAACCGACAUCUCGCUCGAACAUACAACUUCGGAAAUGGAUGCAAUUUCGGAGAUGGAUACGUGGAAGUGCUGGCUGCUGCACAGAGGCCUGGUUUUGGUGGCGAUAAGUGGUUUGAGGGUACAGCUGACGCCGUGAGACAAUAUCUGUGGUUGUUGGAGGAUGCCAAGAACAAGGACGUUGAAGAUGUUAUUAUCUUAUCAGGUGAUCACCUCUACCGCAUGGAUUACGAGGACUUUGUGCAGAAGCACAAGGAUUCUGGUGCCGAUGUGACGGUUUCCUGUGUGCCAAUGGACGACAGCCGUGCCUCAGACUAUGGAUUGAUGAAAAUUGACGGAAAGGGGCGGAUCAACUACUUCAACGAGAAGCCGAAAGGAGAUGACUUGCAGGCUAUGCAAGUAGAUACAUCUGUGCUGGGCCUGUCUUCCGAGGAGGCGAAGAAGAAGCCGUACAUCGCUUCCAUGGGCAUCUAUGUCUUCAAGAAGAGCGUUCUCACGAAACUUCUCAGAUGGCGAUACCCACUCUCCAACGACUUUGGCUCCGAAAUUAUCCCCCAAGCUGCUAAGGAGUUCAACGUGCAUGCGUACCUUUACAACGACUACUGGGAAGACAUUGGUACCAUCAAAUCCUUCUUCGAUGCCAACUUGGCGCUCACAUCGCCAAAUUCUAAAUUUAGCUUCUACGACGCAGCGAAACCGACCUACACCUCCGCACGUUACCUGCCACCAACGAAGAUCGAGAAGUGCAUAGUGAAGGACUCGAUUGUCUCCCAUGGGUGCUUCCUGAGGGAUUGCAGUGUUGAGAAUUCGAUCGUCGGUAUCCGGUCUCGGCUCGAGUCUGGGUGUGAUGUGAAGAGGGCCAUGAUCAUGGGCGCUGAUUAUUACGAGACCGAUCCUGAAGCUGCUGCCUUGCUGGAAGAAGGGAAAGUGCCUUUGGGCAUUGGCACCAACACGAAGAUCAGAAAUUGCAUUAUCGACAAGAACGCUAGGAUCGGCAACAAUGUCGUCAUUGCUAACACUGAUAAUGUUUUCGAAGCUGCGAGACCAAGCGAAGGCUUCUACAUUCGCUCCGGCAUCACAGUGAUUUGCAAGAAUGCUGUUAUCAAGCAUGGAACAGUCAUCUAAAUGUGCAGAUCUCCAAUCAACCAUCGCAUCAAGCCAUUCGGUCAAUCAUCGUCGGAACUUAAAUCCAAUCCAAAGUGUCGUUGCCAGAAAACCUUUUCGUGCAUUAACUGCUCUGUUAGGUUGACACUAUGUCGAUUUAACAAUCAAUCGAGGGCGACAAUGCUCCUUCAAUGUGUACGAGCUCCUUAGCUCGUAGUAGUCCUCUUCCCUCGUCAUCCUGGGGAUUGUCUGCAGAUCGCAGAGUGGAUGGACGAGCGAUUAAGAGUUGCAACUGCAGCUCCUCGUCCGAACCUCAUUUAACUGUACAAGUAGUAUCUAGCAAUUUAAAGAGGAUUCAUGUGACAGAAGGAUCAGUUAUUUAGAUUAAGUGGAAGGUAAGGCAUCCAGUUUUGGAGUGUAUAGAGUGAGCGAAAGCAUCUAUUAAUACUUGUAUUAUAUCCUUGACAAUUGAACAAUUAUGCUGCCUCGAUCUUAUUGAGGUGGUAUGAUUUACCCUACUCGACCUGUCUGCCUUCUAUUCAUAUCAAGGAUUUUUUCGUCUUUGUUCA